GAUGCUGUCAGUGUGCUAAAUCAGUGUGAUUCAGUACUCAUUGACUAGCUGCGCACCUUGCAGUGUUGUAAUACACCUGUUCUACUUCCGGAAGUGGUGACGAGAUUUUUUCCACAAGCAAGCGCUGACGCCAGGUGUGGAAUUUGUCAGAAAAAUCUUGUCGAGCUUGAAAAGUUGAUCUCCGGGCAUGUCUCGCAGUUCGGGAAUCAUUCCAGAUGAAUUCAUGUUUAAUGAGUUCAAAAGACAAUGCUUGUCCACGGAGAACUGGCUUAGUAAGUAUGAUAAAAAUGACAUGGAGGUCUGGGUCGAGGUGGCCCCUUUAUCAGCUUCAACAAAUAACAAAGGGAACUACUCCAAAGUGCACAAAAUCAAGUGUAGAAUAAACAUAAAGGAUGUGUCGGCUGCCACCAUGUAUGAUGUGCUUCACGACGGCGUGUACCGCAAGACAUGGGAUCCUACAAUGCUUGAGAGUUUUGACAUUGCUCGUCUGGCUCACAAUGCUGAUGUGGGCUACUAUUCAUGGAUCUGCCCAAAACCAUUGAAGAACAGAGAUGUGGUGACCCUGCGCUCAUGGCAGGCGUCUGAAAAUGAAUAUGUGAUCAUUAACUUCUCAGUGAAACAUCCGAAAUUCCCCCCACGGAAGGAUCUGGUAAGGGCCGUUUCCCUUAUGACAGGUUACUUGAUCAAACCAACGGGGCCAAACAGCUGCGUCUUCACGUAUCUCUCACAAGCAGAUCCCAGAGGUUCUCUUCCGAAGUGGGUCGUCAACAAAGCAUCUCAGGUCCUGGCUCCAAAAGUCUUGAGAAGCGUACAUAAAGCCGGUCAGAACUACCCUGCGUGGAAAGCGGCAAAUUCUCCAGACCAUAAGCCGUGGCUGUACCCCAUCCAGAGUGAACUGCCCAUGAUGGAUCCAGCAGAGCUGUCCAUCCAGCGUGGAGACUCGCUCGAAAACGUGGAUGAGAGCUCGACCAGGGAUGCUCAAGAGAAUGAGGAUAGCAGCUAAAACGGCUCAAAAGCAGACAGUCUUUAACUCUGGACGGUAUGACAGGGUCAGUCUAGUUACCUCUGCCCCUACUUCUAGCUUGCUGAUGCCAACAUUCCUUCUCAUUCGCUCAGUGUUUACAGUCACAGAUCUGCACAUUACAUUAUCCACAUCUGGGUUUUUUAGGGCAUCGCAUAUGCAAUGGUGCUAACUUGAACACGAGAAAAUACUAUGGAGUUGCUUUUUAAUUAAAUUCAAAAUCUUUUGAAGGUGUUUCAUUAUUUUGAAUGAGACUUUUUGCUUCUGUAAUUUAUUACUAAAUGAUUGUGAUGAAGCAGCACCUAUGUGCUUUUGAAUAGGUUGUUUAUUUCUUUACAAAAUAUAGUUAAUCUUUGUUUUAAGUCUCCGUGGUAGGGAGAGGUUCCUCUGAAUGUCAUCCUUUUGUGUUUGUGUAUUUAUUUCUAUGUGCCUUGCCUUUUCAAAAAGGUGUGUCUGUAUUGGCGUGUGAAAUGAUUGACACCAAGCAACCAUGGAAGAAAACCUGGCCUUGUAAUAUGACCAAAGCAGUCCGAGACACAAAGUGGUAUUACCUCAAGAUUUAUUACUUGAAGUGGUAUUAGUUCAUUUGCCUGUAACAGGCAGAAGAAAACAGAAGGCAGAGGAAUGUAAUGAUUGAGUUGUUCUGUACUUCUCGGUUAUAUAUGUGCCCUUGAACAUGAAAGAAAACGACAUUCGCAAUAACAUGAUACUGGUGGAUCAAAGUUACCCAUAUUUUUGAUGUUUUUUUCUUUCUGAGGCAGGAUGGAUAUGUAAGUUUGUGUGUCUGAUAACUUGAAUUUUAUGUAUAUGAAGUCCUAACUCACUGAAGGGUAAUAAGGUUUUAUACUUUUAAAUAAAUUUUAAAUAAAUUAUGUUUAAAGUGCGUUUGGAAACCGCCCUUUUUUUUUUCUCCUAAUAAGUGAUGCAUCUUUUUGUAGGUUUAUUAAUGGCACUACACAAUACUAGUUUACAUGAUCAUGGUCUAAUACCCAGUAUUUGCAUAUAAACAGCCAUCUGCUCCACUGAGCUCCAGUAACACAGUAAAAGCUAUGACUGAAUUUUGUGUAAUGGAAUGACGUCAUUUAGUAAAUUGGUUCAAUGUUAAAAGAUUAUUUUACCCAACAAUGAAAUUUUGCUGAAAAUACUCACCCUCUGCACAUCCAAGAUGUAGAUGUGUUUGUUUGCUCAUCAGAACAAAUUUAAAGAAAUGUACACUACCAGUCAAAAG